UCAUGGGACCCCUGGGCAAUAGGGGAUCAUGGGGCCCCUGUGUCCUUGCCCAAACUCAAAAAAGCCUAUGAAAAAGGUACUAGGUGCAUCUCAUGGGGCCCCCUACUGACCCCGGGCCCUCGAGCAGUGCCCGAGUUUCCAAAUGGUCAGUCCGCCCCAGGUGAUAGCAUAUAAAGUGGCUCUGUACACAGGGUUCUGUCUCAUAAUAAGAUACAAUAAAGCAAAUCCUCCUGUGCAUAAGUGUGAUGGACCAGGGUCAGUUCACAAGCCCCCUUGUAGAACC